CUUGGUGCGUCUGGUAUCCUGCCGCAUGCGCAUGCGUAACAGGGGAAGACGGGGACUUGGCUGAGGAGAAAGCUUUCCAUUUUUCGCGCAUCUUUCGCUGUUACUGGGAACGGGCAAGUGCAUCCAUCAUUUAGGGGCAUUCACUGUUAGUGAAAUUUUUACCAUGGAAGGCGAACAGAGUAUGGAGAGCCAAACACAGGUUUCGGAAAAUCCUCAUUCUGAAUAUGGUCUCACAGAAAAUGUUGAGAGAAUAGUAGAAAACGAGAAAGCCAGCACAGAAAAAGUGUCCAAACAGAAGGUUGAUCUUCAGGCCUUGCCUACCCGAGCAUACCUUGACCAGACGGUGGUACCAAUACUAUUACAGGGCCUGUCUGUCCUUGCAAAGGAAAGGCCUCCUAACCCAAUAGAAUACCUAGCAGCUUAUCUGUUAAAGAACAAGACUCAAUUUGAAGAACGAAGUUAAAAGGCAUGGAGACACCUGGCUUGCCACAGUUUAUAAUCACCAUGAUCUGCUAAAACAGACUGUUUUGAACCCGUGCAAGACUGAAACGUUUUUUAUUUAAGUUUUACACUGUACUUUUGCAAAAAUCUCUAGGCUUUGUAGUAAGUGACCUUAAAAGAAAUAAAAAUAUUUUAAAAAUGG